AUGGCACCUGCGCAGGCGCGGCAGUGCACGGUCAGCGCCAACGUGGAUAGGGAAGGCAGCGCGUGUUUCGACCUGAGACUGGUGCAGCCCGGCGUGUUCAACAGAGCAUGUGUCGUCGCUUCGGUUGGUACUUCCUCGACCUUCACAGAGUUCGCCUUGCGCGUUGACUCCGAGACUCCCUGGCGUGGCUUUCUGUUUGGUGCCGAGCUGGGCCGGCAGAGCAAAGAGCUUCUAAGAACUUGCGGCUAUGUGGAUUUGUGCACACACACCGUGUGCCACGCAAGUGGAAAGCUUUCAAGGCUUUGGGGGAGUGGAAGUUGGCGACUCGCAGCGGAUUGGUCCUUGAGAGAUCUGGAUGCCAGACAUCCUCACCCUUCGGUUCUUCUUCAGCAAGAACGCCUUCGGUCCUUGAAGACCAGCCUUAACGCUUGCCUGUCAUGGCGAUCCUUGCAAGUGACCACAGAAGUGGCAGGCCCCCCAGGAGACGUGACCUUCUGCAAGGCUCAGGCCGUGGUGGAUGUGGUGGAGGCGCUGCCGGCGCUGCCGUGGCCGAAGAAAGAAGAGGGCGAACAGGGCUGGCAAUUGCACCUGGCCGGUGUGCUCGGCCUCUUGUUGCCCGUCGGGAAAAGCUGCGCGCAGGACCGCUUCCACCUCGGGGGUGCUGCUGGGCCUUGGUCUCUGAAAGGCUUUGCGGACCAUGGCGCCGAACCUCGGGCAAGGCGGACGCUGGAGACAGUUCAGAGCACUCCAGCACGCGGAGAGGCUACGAGAUACGAGAUCAGCCGUACACGCCGCACACCAGAGAGAAACAGUGAGGAGCACAACGCUUUGGGAGGCGAAGUCAUGGCGACCCUGUUCCUGGGUGCCUCGAAGCCGCUGAAGAUGCCUUCACUGGAAGGCCUCCGGCUCAUGGCCUUCACCAACCUGGGCGUCCUCCAGCCCUCGCUGCUGCCGCGGCGAGGUGGCGCAUCUGAGAUGCUGCGGGCAUCGUUGGGCUGCGGAUUCGUGCUGCCACUGGGGCCUGGCCAGCUCGAGCUGACGUUCGCCCAGCCAAUGCGCUGGGCAGCCUUCGACGUCCGGCAGAAGUGGCAGUUCGGCCUCAGGCUGCAGGUCAUCGGCUGA